AUGUCCGUCGACCCUUCGCAAGUUCCUCUACCCUCUCAUCAUGUCCACCCCCCGUACCACACGCACCACGCCCACACCCACGCCCACCCACAUCCCACCGAACCCACAACACCAACCCUCCCUCUAGGCAUGCGGAUCCCCGAUCUUCGGUUCGAGCAAGGCUACCUCAAGGCUAUCUCCAAGUAUGUCCCUUCCCUCCUCGGAGCUGAGGGGGGGACCAAGUGGGUUGGGGUGGGCUGGGUGACGCUGAGGGAUCAGCUGUUGAGUCCUUUUCUUCAGGGGGCGGUACUUGGUGCUGCCCAAUCGCUUCUGUUCCCUCUCUUUCCCCGCGUGAGGAAAGCGAUCUUCAGCAAUGGCUCCCCCGCUCCUGCGGACAGAGCGAGCGGCACGCCCUGGCUGAGGAAGUUGUUCGGGUCACUAUUGCCUGCCAGUGCUUGA